GAAGUAAAUGAAAUCAAAGUAAUAAGUAUGAAAUAUUGAGAUUGAUUUAAUUAAUUUUACAUUUUUAAUUAAUAAAUGAUUAGUUAAUGCAGAGAAAGAGCAAUGGUAGUGUUCACUCAUCAUCAAUUGCAAUCUAGGUUCUCAACGACACCGUUUCACAUGAAGCUUGAUGAUCAUAAUGAUAAUGAUGAGAUUGAGAAGAUUAUGAUGAAGAAAGGUAGAAAAGCAUUCAUGGAGUUUCCAUACGUGUCAAGUCCACAAAAGAAGUUAAUGGUUGAUCUUGUAUCAACGGUGGAGAAUGGUCUUAAUAAGAAGCUCCUUCCAUCUACUCUUCCACCAAAUGUACAAUACUAUCAAAAUCAAACUAACACAACUCAUGCCUCUCUUCACAUCAGAUCUGGCAAACCAUCUUCACAUAUUGAUUUCAUAUAUGGAGGUUGGAUUCACCGCGAGCUACCAAAUGGAGGAGCAUUGAACAUAACAAGUCUCUCGGCCUAUCUAAAUGCAUCAACAAACUCACCAAACUUCUUAUUGGAGAUAAUCCGUAGUAGUCCUGAAACCCUAGUACUCAUUCUCGACCUACCACCUCGAAAAGACCUUGCUCUCUAUCCAGAUUACCUACAAAAAUUCUAUGAAGACACCGAAUUAGAUGCUCAAAGACAAAUUCUCGAGAAAAUUCCUGAAGUUAAGCCUUACUUCUCUUCAUCUCUUUACUUUCGAAGAAUCGUGUCUCCUACUGCUAUUGUAGUCAAAAUUGAGUCAGAGGCUGGAGAGCGAAUAGAUGAGAUUAUACAAGAACAUGUCGAUCUUAUUGCAAAGCGAGUGCUCCAAAUUUGGUUAGAAAAAUGUAUUGUUGAGAACAAUGAAAAAGUUGAUGAGAUUGAGAGAAUGUACCUUCUAAAGAGAGAUAAGAUGGUGAGGAGUAAAACAAUUGAGAUCGAAUUUUCUUCAAGUUUGCCCUAUUUGUUUGGACCUGAAAUUGCAAAUCGAGUAUGGGGUACUGUACAAAAGUAUUUUUCUACAUCAUGAUAUAUUUAUUUGUACAAGGUUAUACAACUUUUGGGGGAGAAAUUAGAUGAAAUAUGCCUCUAGUAACCCUUUAUUGAAAAAUGUAUAUAGUUUUAUUUCAAUGCAUUUGUAAACUCUAUUAUAUUUAAUAGAAAAAUGUUAAAUGAUAUAAGAAGUUAUACUAA